AUGUCCUCCAAUCCCCCUUCCCCCGAAGGUGCUGCUGGUGCGGGAAACAAUUGGAGAGACAGUGUUGCCCAAUCCUAUCGCAAUGUGGAAGCAAGAGAAAUUGCCAAAACGCUGGCGGAAUUGGAACCAGGAGCCUCGGCCUCCAACAAGCUGUCACUUGCCAUGAGAUUUGAAAAUACAGUCUUUCAAUCUGCCAUUUCUCUAGCAGAUUACCGCAAAAAGCUGACCAGACGACUCAAGAAACUAAGAAAGAAUUACAAACCGCCAGUACAGCAAACCACCCCCACCAGUGCUCUGUUGUUGCAAUCCAAUGUGACUUCCAAGGAACAGCUCUAUCACGUGCUACGUGAAAAAUAUGCCGACUACCUCUUGUACAUUAUGCAAAAUUCUCACAAGGCUGUUCAGGAUGUUUUACUCAGGCAUGGGAAAGCCAAGGCGACUCAAUUGCAACAGCAUGCGGAUUGUGCCGUCACUUGGGCUGGCCAAUUGGGACUGGUCGAUGCGGCAGACGUGGCGGCGGCCAAAAAGGGUACCUUUCUGGCUGGUGAUGCUUCUGCGGCGACUUCUACCACCAUGUCGUCGUCCAAUCCACCCAACAAGCGCAAACGAGAAGAUAUCCCAAGUGAGAGUAGUCUACUCAAACUCCAACAACACUUGGAGAAACGAGUGUCCAACAUUCGGCAAUACGUUGUCAAGCACGCCGACUCGGACCUCUUUUUGCAAGAGACAUUAGAACGCAAGGACAAGGAGCUUAGCUCAAGAGCCAAUGAUUUUAUUAGUCGCCAAUUGAAACAGCGCAUGCAGAAAUUGGCUAGCACUACAAGUACCACCACCACUUCCACUGCGACCGGUACCACCACCACGGCGGGUGCCAAAGACGAGGCCAGCCUGGAAGGAGUGGCUUUGUUGCAAGAUGCCAUGGACAAGGCUCAAGUUCCCAUUCCACCAUCGACUCGUACACAAUCCAAUGACAAACUUGGUCCCAAACUCUACAUUGAUAAGAUGCGUGCGGCCUCCACUGCCUUUUGCACCUACCUCACCAUGGCGGACCGACACAAGAGUCUGCCACCAUCCUUGGCAGAAAGCGUCUUGCCCAAGACGAAUGCCAUUGUCAAGGAAGGUGUGGCCUUUUUGAAGGAAGUCGUCGAAAAACAUGGUCUCAAUGAUGCCGAGACAGCGGAUGGCACAAAUAAAAAGCAUCCACCCUUGGAAGAUGCCUGGAACAAAAUCUUGGAAUUGCCAAUGGACGAACAAGAUGUCAUGGCUGGUGACGAAAGUGCCCCAUCCCCACUCAAACGCCGACGCCUCAAUGCUACUGCUGCUACUGCUCCAUGUACCAAAGCCAAGGUCCUCUUUCGGCCGAAUCGUAAAACACCGGCCAAUUUGCUUCCAGCGCUCCAACGAAAACGGGCCACCUUGGUUCGACCAAAACCAAAUGGACACGGAUCGCACUUGGUGCUCGACUUUGGAAACUUUUCCAUGACCAUUUACUUCUCACCACUCUUGGUGACCCUCCGUGCCAAUGAAGAAGAAGAAGAGGAUGACGAAAAUAAUGACGAUCCUGAGAAAACUAGCAGUGAAACAGCGGACCAUUCCCGGUUUUUCAGAACGCGCCCCUCGACUGGAUGCGCCUCUUGGAAACCUCUUCACCAUGGUUUGGCACAUCGACGGCAACCCAACGAUUUGACAGUCUAUGGAGUAUCCAAGCAGUCCUAUGAAACGGUCGGAGGAGUGGUCGAAGAACGAUUGCGGGAUGCUUCCACCCAAGCCACGCACACGCUACGGACCUGCUUUGCCAAUCAUGUGAGAGACAAACAACAAGAGAUGGAAGUGGAGAUUUUGGAGGGAUCCGCUUUGCUGGAAUUCGUGCAAGUGGCACGGACAACUUACAUGCCUAAUUGGAAGGACGAUGAUAUUAGCACUUGA